UAUUAACAGUGUUUAUUUUAAUAUGAUGUGUUUAUAAUGUUAGUAUCUUUAUGUAUUAAUAUCCAUUGUUUAAAUAUUAGAAAGUACGUUUGUUGGGUGAACAAGGGAAACUUUCGAUGCUAUCAGAACGAAUUAAGCUUUUAACACGUAUUUCCUAUACUCGCUUAAUGACCAAAUCCUUUAAUGCUCGUGUUCGUGGAACCAAAUACCGUCUUUAAGAGGGGUUCUACUGUCUCUAGAUUGCUGUUAACCUUCCUUCAAUAUCAUCCUCCUCGCAAGGAAUUCAGAGGUCGCCGUGUGGCUCAAAUUUUUGUUUGAGGUCUUUUGGUUUAACCGGGUGAGAACUCAAGAGACCAUAAUAGUCUCAUUUGCAAGGGUCACCUGGGUCACCCUAUGACCCAGAGAUUACAGCUGGGACCCUGGCUUCAAAAUCCAGCAGCCGCAUUGAACAUACUGUGUUAUCAAGUGUAGGGAGUUGAAGGACUCGGCUCGUUUCCCAGCUACUCCACAGAAAUAAGCAACAAAAAACCAUCACGAUAAAUGUAGUACUGUAUUUAAUUUUAGAUAAAUUCCAGCACUGAAAUGUUUAAAUAUCAGGUCGACUUAUUGUGAUGAACAUUAUGCUCAAGAUGGGUGGGAAUGUGCUACCCCCUACUGUGAAGCAGAGGUGUCUUGAAACGAUGUCAGUAUUGGCCUGAGCGAGCAGUUGCAGGGCUGCACCUUUUACCUUUAUCUUGAGAUGUAGCCGUAUAGUUUCCACUCGCCCUUAGAGGCAGAACAACUCAAAAGCUGUGACGAACCACAGACAACGCUGGAAGGCAGCCAGGCACUGUGCCAGAUGUAGAUUAAUCCACUUGCUGUACUGCCUUCUCCUGGCAAGCCAGGUUAUGGAAACCUGAAUGCCUACAGGAAGUGCGCUGAAUAACGUUUUCUUUCCAAUACACCACAACCCUUGCUGCUUCCCCAGCACUGAACUACAAGCCACGUGUGGGAUAGUCACCUCACAAACGCCGGUGUGCCCGAUUUUUUUGCGCAGAACAUCGAGAUCCAGGUGGAUUCAGCUAAGGCGUUGGCCGAGUCCCUGGACCGGGCGGCGGUGCCGGGAGCGCCACCAUACCUCAACACUCUGCUGCGCAUCCUGGCCACGCGCUGCAUGAUGCAGGCCAUCUACUUCUGCUCCGGCAUGGAGCCCGACACCCACCACUACGGGCUCGCCACCGCCAUCUACACCCACUUCACGUCGCCCAUUCGACGAUACUCGGAUGUGAUUGUGCACCGGCUGCUGACCGUGUGCGUGGGCGCCGACCCCACGUACCCGGCGCUCACCGACAAGCAGAAGCAGCAGCAGCUCUGCAACAAUCUCAACUACCGCCACAAUAUGGCGCAGUACGCCCAACGCUCGUCUGUAGCUUUCCACACGCAGUUGUUCUUCAAGAGCAAGGGAGUGGUGAGCGAAGAGGGCUUCGUGCUGUUUGUGCGCAAGAACGCCGUGGUGGUGCUCAUUCCCAAGUACGGCUUGGAGGGGACGGUUUUCUUUGACUCCAAAGAUCUCAAGCUCAACGUUACCUUCGACGAGGAGGUAGGGCAUGUGUUCACUUAACCGGGAGGCAUUGGCAUUUCCCGAACGGCUGAAUUCUGCAUUUAAACCCAGGACUGGCUUAAUGCACUGGGACCCAAGCCCCCUGACCAUCUCUGUACGAUUAGGUUUCUAUCAGACACACAGACACUUGGUUUAAGGUGGAAGAACGCAGUGAGAUACGAAGCUCCGUUUUUUUGCCAUUUGGCAGUGUGGACUAUUACAGAGGAAGUUACACCGGUGGAUACAUUAGAGUCGGAUGGCUCACAGGGCUAUACCAAAAUAAACUGAAACUGAAUUAAAUGAUGUAAAUGCGUUUCAAAUAUAAAACGGUCACAAUUAAAUGUGCUUUGGAAAUAACUGCCAUGACGGAGCCCGUAUUGUCACGGAGAGGACAUCACAUUAAAAAUACUGUAAAAUCCCUCAGAUCCGGAAGAAUUAUAGAGAAAAUUUAAUGCUUUCUGUAAACAAUGAGAAACUCGAAGGGCAGAAAAGUACUUGUAGAAUAAAAACAAAUGAGGGAAAUAGUAGUUGAUGCAAAAAAUGAUCUCUAGAUGGCAAAAAGCACAUUUGUGACCAGUGGAUCUGGUCCUUUCCAGCAUGCCUUGUAUGCCGCAUUACAUUGUCACUCUGCGUGGAUAAUGCACACAGCCUAAUUUGGACCAGAAGCUCAAAAGGGUCAACAUUUGCAGCCAUAUUUUAGGUAUGUUCUUAACUGCAAUUGUACACUCCAUAUAACCUAAGGGGGGUUGCAUCUACUCCUUAAUGAUGGCCAAAUAAGGCUUUAAAAUUCCUUGGCUGGCCCGCACAUCACGAUCCCUCGGUUGGUUUGGUCAUUGCAGCCAUCGGCUUCUCAUGCCUGGUUUUCAGCUCGCGGUGUUGUACGUUUGUGCCAUUUGUGUGUCCGCUGUCACAGAUUCCAGGCUACAACCCUGUGGAGUCCACCCCAUGGGGCUCGCCUUCUCCCCGGCCUAAGAAACCCAGACAGCACUAGUGUAUCGUGGAUGCGGUGUCAACAAGAUGUCGGAGGAGGUGCAUGAGUGGGCACACACUCUGGGUUUUACAUCUGCAGAGUUAAUUAAGUGUACAUUUUGCUCGCAAGCAGAGGUGAACAAUUGAAAAAAAAGCAGUGGCGGUUAUGAGAAAUGCUACCCUGAAGUAACAGACGGUUUGGACUCUGAAUUUGCAAUCCAGAGGUCACCGGUUCUUCGUUCUCCUGUCGCAGCGGUUCAAAUGGUAGCGCAAUUUUUUUUUUUAUUUAGAAUUUUUACCUUGCCAACCAGUACAAUCAGCCAAUUAAGGUGUAUACGCGUCAAGAUGUAUGAAAGGUUUAGGAUAUCUUAUGCCUCACUUCUUUGCCAGCCAAGACACUGACCCCCUUGUGAUGAAGGUGAUUUCACAAAAAUAUGGGUUACUGAAUCGGUGGUGUUUAUUGACUAACGCAGCAGUGUCCAACCCACAAAGCACUGUGAUCCAUUCUGGUAUAUCUCAACAUGUUCCGUGAUCUACCAGCAAUAUAUGACCAACAGUUACCCGGAUGGAUUUAACCGACUAAUAGAACACUGUAGACAUGCCAAGUGCUAGUGCGAUCUAUUGGUUUAAAAUAUAUAUUAUUUAUCCAUUAAUUCUUAAUCGGGGAUUUUGUUUUGCCAUCUGCUAUAACAAGAAUUGCUUUAUAUUAGAGGUGUUUAUUCCUAUUUGUCCCGAGAUCCACAAUCAAAAUCUUUUGCGAUCAUCCACACAUGGAUCGCGAUUCACAUAUCGGCUACCACUGAUCUAACAGUUGAAAACCAGUUUAAGACGUAGGCUUUCGCGACCAAUAUCCAUAACACUGGUUUUUUGGGUUAGAUCGCGUAAUAAAUAUUUAAAUGUCGG